CACAGGGAUGUUUUCCUUACUGCUGAGCAGGGCUUACACAGAUCCACGGCUUUUUCUGCCUCCCACCCCACUGCCCCAGUGAAGAGAGUGGGGGUACACAAGGAGUUGGGGGGACACAGCUGGGACAGCCAACCCCAGCUGACCCAACAUAUAUCCCAUAACAUAUGGAAUGAUGUUCAGCAUGUGAAAUGGGAAGAAGGAAGGAAGGAGGGGGUGUUUGGAGUGAUGGCAUUUGUCUUCCCAAGUUACAAUUGUGUGAUGGUGCCCGGAUUUCCUGGAGAUGGCACAACACCUGCCUGCCCAUGGGAAGUAGUGAAUGAAUUCCUUGUUUUGCUUGUGUGUGCAGUUUUUGCUUUACUCACUAAAUUGUCUUCAUCUCAAACCACAAGUGUUCUUACUUUCAUCCUUUCAAUCUUCUCCAUCCCACUUGGGGUGAGUGAAGGAGCAGCCUCUGAGUGGUGAUUAGUUACCAGCCAGGGUUAAACCACAGCAGACUAACAGCCAGAAACAUGGGAGGUAGGACACAAGUUGCCUGGGAGGAAGCUGGUUUCAGGCUGUUAAGAAAAUUUUUGGAGCAUUUUGAAGAAGUCUUCCUACUGAUUUGCCCUGCUUUGGAUAGCUGAAGUCAGAAAGCUGGAAAAGACAAAGGACAAGAAAGAAAGGAAAAGUGUUUCUUGCUGACCUCUCACAAAACAGAGAAUGUUGAGAACUAAAAACAUGGACAGAGCCUACAGGGUUCAGCUCUGUAACCAGAACACCAGUUAAAGGAAUUAUGGAUUUGAAUGACUACUUUUCCUUCACUGGAACAGGAGCGCUGGCAUCAAAUAAAUGCAGCUGAAUCUGCUCUGAAAAGGAUGAAGGAUGCUGAUAACCACAAGCCAUCUUAGCUGGUGUCUGCGAACAGACAUGAGGAUGAAGAUCCCCUCUUUGCUGCUGCGAUUCCCUCGAUGGUAUUUCUCCAGAAGAACUUACUUGGUGACCUUCCGCUUCGCUUGCCGAGCAGAUUCCCUGGGCGUUGGAUCUCUGGGGCCAGCGCACCGCUGCCAUACAGCAUGGAUUUGUUCAUCAAAUGGUUUGAGGAGAGAGCUGUGCCAGCAAGCAGCCCCUGAGCAGCAAGUCGAGGGACUUUGUGACCGGGAGCAGAGACUUGUAGACAGGCUUUACCAAGGGCUAAUCCAGGGUCAUAGAGCCUGUUUAGCCGAGGCCAUUACACUUAUAGAAUCGACUCAGAGUAGGAAGAAGAAAGUAGCCCAGGUGCUCCUUCAGAAGGUAUUAUCCUACCACAGGGAACAAGAAAAGUUAAAUCAAGGAAAGCCACUUGCCUUUAGAGUGGGGUUGUCUGGUCCUCCUGGUGCUGGAAAAUCAACCUUCAUAGAAUGCUUUGGGAAAAUGCUUACGGAAAGAAAACAUAAAGUGUCUGUGUUGGCUGUAGACCCUUCCUCUAGUACAAGUGGUGGUUCCCUGCUGGGUGAUAAAACACGGAUGACUGAGUUGGCGAGAGACAUGAAUGCGUACAUCAGGCCAUCUCCAACCAGUGGGACACUGGGAGGUGUCACCAGGACCACAAAUGAAGCCAUUCUGCUCUGUGAAGGAGGAGGCUACGAUGUUGUUCUUGUGGAAACAGUAGGUGUGGGCCAGUCAGAAUUUGCUGUGGCUGAUAUGGUUGAUAUGUUCAUAUUACUGCUACCACCUGCAGGUGGAGAUGAAUUACAGGGCAUCAAACGGGGCAUCAUUGAGAUGGCAGACCUGGUUGCUAUCAAUAAGGCUGAUGGUGAUUUAGUUGUGCCUGCCCGGAGGAUCCAGGCUGAGUACGUCAGUGCUAUGAAGCUGCUUCGCAAGCGUUCAAAGAUUUGGAGGCCAAAGGUAAUGCGCAUCUCUGCCAAAACCGGCGAGGGGAUCUCGGAUAUGUGGGAUAAAAUGACCGAGUUCCGCGAGCUCAUGCUCACCAGCGGCGAGCUGGUUGCCAAACGACGGAAACAGCAGAAAGUGUGGAUGUGGAACCUCAUCCAGGAAAACAUGCUGGAGCAUUUCCGGAGUCACUUGGCAGUCAAGGAUAAGAUCCCGCUUCUGGAAGAAAAGGUUCUUAGAGGAGUCUUGUCUCCUGGGCUGGCAGCGGACCUGCUGCUGAAGGCAUUCAAAGAUGGUCUCUAAGCACUGUUUCCUGCUCUGUUCUUGUUAAGUGCUUUAUGUAAACGUGGACAUUAAAUACACUUUUCCUAUGUGUGGGUUCAGAUGUUUUACUGCAGCAGACAGGAACAGAAUCCAGUACUCUGCAAAAGAAUUCUGUUGGAUUCUGUAUGUGCUGCGAUCGUGACAAAUCCAAACACUGGCUGAGAGAUUACUGCACACUGUGUUGGAAAAAAAUGAAUUUCCAAAUCCUCUAUUUGUACAUGCCAUAGAUCUGUUGAUAAAAAACGGGUAUCCAUGUGAAAGGAAUGGGUUUGGGAGGGCAGGAGAGUGAGGUUUGUCGUGGUGCAGGGUUUGAUGCUGGUUGUGGGGUCAUCUCAGAGCAGUUGACGCUGCAGCGUUCCACUCUAAUACAGCAGCAGCUGUUGCCAGAAUGGAUUGCAUUUUCUUUCCUCACCUUGAGUGACAGCAAGAGCAUUGGACUGCCUGACAGCACCAGACCACAGCCUUAGUUUUAAAUAAAUUGUAUGCAUAUAAAUAGAACAUAGUGGUGUUUGGUCCCUCUUUGUAAGCUGUAGUUAGUUAUUACACGCUGUACAGUAGGGGAAGGGAAUUUUAACCAUCCUGGUUUCAAAAUAGAUGUUUCGUUAAAAAACAAAAUGUAGUUAGAUAUUUUACAUGCAGCCAUCAGAUGGAACAAAUGUUACCCAUGAUGUUUUAAUAGCAAAUGCCUUUAUACUAGAAUAAUUUAUCUCUAAAAGUAAUGGUUUUGUUGUUUUUUGAUCUGAUGUUUUUUGGACUUGAACAAAAUGGCCAAGUGUGUUUGGUAUUUUUUCUUUAUCUUUUGCAGAAGACAGGACUACUUUGAAUGAAAAGCACUUUUAUUUUUUAUUUUCCCUUGAGAAAAAUCUGGAGGAAACAUUUUCCUGAUCCAUGAUCUAGAAAGCAGAGCUCAUGUGGUACCUACUAAAUGUAAAGGAUAAAGUGUAAAAGUGCUGAUUUUUGGAGACCUGACAGUAAAACCAGUAAAAUAGGAGAAUUUGUGAGCCUGUUGAUGCUUAGAUAAAUUAAUUUUUAAAGAAAUAUAUUGGACAUGAUGAUUUUCACAGUUUUGAUGUUCUGGAUGUGUACAUAAAAGGUAUGGUGACUUUAGCUCAGUUUCACCUGUUUGGCUUCUGGCAACCCAAUUCCAGUAUAGCAGUGAAUUGGGUUACUUAAAUCCUCUUUUUACCUUCAUGAUGUUUGCUUCCAUUUUGUUUUUUCCCUCUCACAAUAAUUUUUUCUUUCCUUUCCCCUUGUCCCAGUUGUCGUAGCAGUUUUGCCUGCUAGGCACUGUUUGCAGUGAAACUCUACAGAAGGACACUGUGGUGUUUUGGGGGCCAUGCAGCUGAGGCAUUUCUUGGGUAAGAAAGUUUGCACUGGGAUAGCUGGUGUUAGUGGUUUCCACCACCUAAACUGUCAGAAUUUCUGAGCCAUGGCCACUUACUGCUGUUUCUUAAUCCUUAAUUCCUGUUUCUUUGGGAUUGCUGCAAUCAGUUACAGAGAAGCAGCUGAAGGAAUGUACGGGGUGGCAGAGACACGGUGACUUUGUUAUGACCGUUGUGAGAGGAAUGCAGUGUUUACAGUUUCUUUUUCAUUUAAACAACCUCUAUUGAAUAUGACAAAGAGCGCCCCAAACCAAAAGCAGCAUCUUGUGUCCUUUGAGUCCUUUCAGCUUUAAAUACUGACUGUAUUUUAUGGUACCUUGUAGAAGGAAUGACAGGUGGGAAAUGAAUUAACGGGAGCAGCAGCAUUUUAACUGGUGUGUUCUCAACUUUUUGAUAGUCCCUUUGUUUUCGGUGACAGUUUUUGAGGUGACCUCAUUUGUGUUUAUCUGUUAGAUCAAACCCUUAUGGUCAUUACUUCUUCUUCUGUCAUCAGGGACUGCUGUUUUCCUUCUCUGUUAUACAUGAGCUGCCAAGGCAGUGAAACAGAACCUGCAGCUUUGUUUAAAUGACACCUGCUCAAGCAGAAUAUGUUUUAUGGCUUCUUCAGUAUUUGUUUUCUGGAUACAGGUCUGCUGAUCCACUCAAGCCAUGGGCUAUCAUUAUUUUCUCAUUUUGUUGCUUCUUUUAUAGUACUGUUAAUUUACAAAUGAACUCUUAGCAGAAGUGCAGUGGGUUAAGCAGGUUCUUUGAACUGCAUUUUCCUCUUAAAGCAGAGCAUUAAAUCAAAAUCUGAUUUGCCUUCUUUAGGUGUUCAGUUAUGCCUAAUGCUUCAGUUUUGUUAUUCAGUGAUUCCCCUACCAAACUUAAAAGCUGCCCUGUGCAAACUGAACUGACCCUUCCAUGUGGUAAUGAAGCAGUUUAUUUUACAGUCUGUAAAAUUUUGCUGUAAUGUGUUUUGGAGUCAACUGCUGUUCAAUUAAUUGUGCAGUUUUGCCCAUGUUCUCCUGGGCUGGGCAGUUGCAUUGUCUUCAGAAGGACUGCAGAGCUUCAGCUGGUCAGCUACAACUCCCUAAACAAUCACUGUGUCCCAAGACAGGGAAGAGCCUUUCUGGCACAUCAGUUUUAGCUCUGUGGGAUUAACUUGGCUAAAAUGCAGUAAAAUAUUGUUAUUCAAGUAAACAGGCUUCUGAAAAAAGAUAGUAAACAAAUCUGUUGAGUAGGAUGUUGACAUAUUCAUAGUUUCUGGAGUUGUCAAGCUGCUCUCAUGUUAACACUUAAAUCCACAGCUACUGCUGAAUACUAUGGGAGAAUAAUAUAACUUCAUGAGAAGCCAAUAGCAAGAUGAAGUUUGUAGCUGGAGGUAUGACAAACUGUUAGACAAAUGAGUAUGGGAGGUAAGGAAUAAUCUGUUUGGGUACACAAAGUCAUUUCCUACAAAGUCUUGCAGUUGUCUGUAAGUGUGAAACUUUUCCCCAGGUCCCUGUGUAAUAGAUGUUGCUGGUGUUUCACAGCUGGAAAAAACAAGGGUGGUGAGAUCAAGUGAUUUACCCAGAACUCUGAAACAGGUCAGAGAGUGUAAGGGUUACAGUUCAGUAGUCUUUACUCUGAGCCCCACGUAUAUUUACAGCCACGUUACUUAAGGUUGAAAAAAUGCUCUUAGCAAGUUCAUGCUCUUAGUGUGACUUAUUCCUUUCAUAUCUAAUCUCUCUGUUUUCAGUGACAGGACCCAGUGACCCCUUCUUGACUACUGUUCUGUUGUAAUGUCCUGCUUUAAGUAAUAAAAAACUUUCCUUUGAUAUCUAAUCUGCCCUUGCCUUCAGUAAAUGCAUUACUUCCUGUUGUGCAUGCUGCUGCAGCCUCUGUGUUCUCCCCACAUAUAUUGUUUAUUUGUGAAAUCUGCAAUGCCUUGGCUGUUUGAGAUUUAGGGGCAGGGGAGUUGAGUAAAGCUAAAGAAUACAAAGGAACUUAUUUAUUUAAACUGUAUGCACUUCCCUUCCUAAAGUUUCCUUUUGUAGUGUGGCAAGAUUCAAUUACUGACUUGCUC